AUUAUUUAACCUUGACAUUUAACUGUCAUGCUAUUUCCUUAAAUAUUAAGAUCCUGUUUUAAGCGUUCGCUUAAGAAAAUCCUCAACUGGAUAAUAAAAAUUCAAUAUAAAUACUUAUAAGAUCUAUUUGAUUCUGAUAAUAAUUUAAGCAAUCCUUUUAAGUAAUUGUAAAAUCGUCAUAUUGCCUAUCUCCCCAAUUAUCGCUAAUCAUGUCGAAAGAUAAACGAGAUCGCUACAAAAAUUUCAAUCCAACGUUAAGCAUGCGAGGUUUACAAGGACGUAUUUCUGUAAAACAAUUGAAAACUUUCGCGAAGGCUUCAGCACAAUCGUCAACGAUAGUGGAUCCGUACAGUUGUGAAUCACAGCAACUUACCCUUUCCCAAUUAGUUGAUGAAGCAAAACCUAAAUCUAUGCAAUUGCUUGAGAAGAAAUAUGCAAGAUUGAACAAAAGAGAACAUUUCAAACAAAAAGCUCUUGAAGCAAAAAAAAACUCAUCAUCUAAAAAAUCAGGUUAUCUGGUAUAUUGUAAACAUUACAAGAAUAGAAGAUGUUCAAAGUCGCCCUGCCCUUUUAUGCACAAAGAAUAUCCGUGUAAACAUUAUCAUCUUUACAGUAAGUGCGCAUACGGUGAUGAGUGUUUAUUCACUCAUGAAGGAUUAACAAAAGAUGGCUAUCUAGCUCUACAAAAGCUUAAAGAAAAGCCUAAUGAAGAUGCUGAAAACUUUAGUGAGCCUGAAGAAGAGAUGAAAACUGAAGAAACUGACGCUGUCGACAUUAAUUCAUUUUACGGGGGAAGCUACUCCGUUGGGAAGAAAGUAGAAGACAAAAAUUCUGACGAAAAGAAUAAAGGAGAAGAAACCGAGCCUAAAUCAGGAAAACUUAUUCAUAUACAACCAAAACCAAUUCCAUCAGCUAUAGUUGCAGAUAAAAUCCCGGAAAAGAGAAAGAACACUGCAGAGUAUUUGAAUUAUACUAAAACUGACGUUGAUAAUGAGAGUUAUAACCAACUCGAAAAGAAGCCCAAGUUCUCGUCCUUGGAUGACGUUCUACAACAAACUCUUGGGCAAAUAUCAAAGAAGUGGUAA